UGCCAAUACGUCAGAAAUGCAGGUACCGUGUUGCGUUUUGUCCCUGCCGUCACCAAUUUAUAGAGGAGAGAGUGAGCAUUCAGCAACAAAGAGCAGAGCAGUGUCCUCGGUUGAUUCCUCUCCGUCUUUGCUCUGUCCAGUCUCCAUAUCGCCAAUGGAGAAGAAGCUGCCUUGUGUACUAGUGCUACUAGCUUCAAGCCUUGUUCUAGCAGCCACUCUUGCAGACGCUGCCUCCUCCUCUGUCCAUCCAUCUCUGAACAGCAAGCAAGCACAAGUUCUGCUAGGUCGCAAAGGCAGAGGAGAAUCAGACUUGCCAGGAUACCACCGUUACCGGCGUGAAGGCAAGGAGCAGCACGAGGUUGCAUCCAUGGAAGUGAAGAAGGGCGCUGGGUUGAGGGACGCCGCCAAGGAAGAAGAGGAAGAAGAAGGGCUGAUCCACAGCGCGGACUACAGCGGGGUGACCAUGCACUCUAGAUCCCCGCCGGCGCAUCACAAGCAUCCCAAAGGAAACAAAUCAUAGAUAUAGGCAUUCUGUUCUUUUCUCUUCUCUUCAGUUCCUGUAUAAUCUUUCUUUACCCCAGUCUCUCUGUGUCUUCGUUCACGGAAUUGUCUGUACCCUUUUUGCAUGCCGUCCUUUGUAAACGAGAUGCCCAGACUCUAGCUGCCCGAUUGCCGUGCC